AUGAGGGCUCGGGCCAGUGCGCUGUUGUUCGUCGCCUGCUGCCUGUUGGCAGCGCACGGCCAGAACGACAGCACCAAGAAGAGCAUCUGGGACGACCCCAUCAAGUUCAACACCAAGGCCCAGGACGCCUGCCUCAUGCACGUCUCCGGCCAGGGGGACUUCACCAAGCUGAGGAUCUCCUGCCGGAACCAGGCCAAGUCGUACUACUGCGACUACCAGGGCAAGCCCAACUUCUGCCGCUCGUACAACAACAACCCUCGGCACUACUUCACCCAGAUGAUGUGGGAGCUGAGGAAGCUUCAGAACGCCUGCCAGGGCCCCAAGGUGAUGAAGGCGCUCAUGUGCAGGAAGGCCCCCGACGAGGCCCAGAUGGUCUUCGUCAGCGCCUGGCCCAAGACGCCCGCCGCCAAGCCGCCGGUCAAAAUCACCUUCCAGAAGCCGCAGCAGCCGGCCAAGCCCACCACCACCAAGCCCGUCACUCAGAAGCCCGUCGUCCAGAAGCCGCAGCCGGUGCCGCCCAAGACCAAAGUGACCCCGCCAAAAAAGACAACCCCCAAGCCCACCAAAGCCACCACCACUCCCAGGCCGACGGAGCCCAGUACAGAAGGAAAGGCGAUUAAGCUUGCCCAAGAGUACUGCUGGAAGUCCCUCCAGGGGGUGUGCACCUACUUCAUCAGCUGGUUCCACAACUAAACACACAGGUGUAAAUUCCCUGCAAAGAAGACUUUAUAAGUCACACUUGUACUCAGUAC